GGCUUAGCCAGCCAUUACCAGCCCAACCUCAAUUCACAAACUCUAACGUACCUGGCUGUUGAUCUGAUCAAAACGGUGGUCCGGUCACGGUAAUAGUAGAGUAUCAUUCGCUGAAAAAUUGGCACCGGUUUCUCAGUCUACUUCGUGCUGGACCUGCCGGUUUCCGGUGGCAAUCCAUAAUAAUGCUUUGAAAAAUCUAAUUCAGUACGCGCCAAAUCUUCGUUCUAGACAAUCAAUUUGCUCUAACGAGCUGUUAAUUAGAGAUCAAGUUCAAAAUGGCGGUAGACGAUGCGCCAAUGGAUGAUAAAGCGAAGAGAAUGAGAGAUCUAUUAUCAAGCUUUUAUUCUCCGGAUCCUGCCAUUUUAUCCUCCAAUUCUUCGAAAUUCGCUUCGUUAGAUGCUAUUAAUACAGCCGCAUUCGAUGCCGAGCAGUACAUGAAUCUUCUGCUGCAAAAAUCGAAUUUGGAAGGGCUUUUACAUAAGCAUGUUGAAAUGGCAGCUGAGAUAAAGAAUCUGGACACUGAUUUGCAAAUGUUAGUUUAUGAAAAUUAUAACAAGUUCAUCAGUGCAACUGACACUAUCAAGAGGAUGAAGAAUAAUAUUGUAGGCAUGGAGACAAAUAUGGAGCAGCUUCUUGAGAAAAUUAUGUCGGUGCAGUCAAGAAGUGAUGGUGUAAACUCUAAUCUUUUUGAAAAGAGAGAACAUAUAGAGAAAUUGCAUCGCACUCGUAACCUUCUUCGUAAAGUUCAGUUCAUAUAUGAUCUACCAGCAAGACUAGGGAAAUGUAUUAAAUCCGAAGCAUAUGCUGAUGCAGUGAGGUUCUAUACUGGAGCAAUGCCAAUUUUUAAGGCAUAUGGAGAUUCAUCAUUCGAGGACUGUAAGCGAGCAUCUGAAGAAGCUAUGUCCACAGUUACUAAAAGUUUGCAGGGAAAAUUGUUCUCAGAUAAUGAAUCUAUACAAGCAAGGGCUGAGGCGGCAGUGCUUCUUAAGCAGUUAAAUUUUCCGGUGGACAGCUUAAAGGCUCAAUUGUUUGAAAAGUUAGAACAAUCUCUUCAGGACCUUGAGCUUAAGACUGGAGACAUACCCAAUGUGUUGGAGGAUUCUAAUGAUUCUUCAAAUUAUGCUAGUACAAAGCAUGCUUCCGUCCAUGAGUUCACAGAGGCUAUCAAAGCUUAUCGAGUCAUAUUUCCUGAUUUGGAGAAGCAACUGAUUAAACUAUCCCAAGACUUGAUUACCAAGCACUUUGAAAUCAUUGAAGAAUACAUAAAGGGCCGGAUUUCCGUUGCGAAAUUUCUGGAUGUUUUCCGAACUAUAUGGAGAGAUGUGCUCCUGUUGGAUGAAGUGUUGCACGAGGCUUAUCUUCCCGAUUACUCUUUGGAGGCCGCCCGUGGCGUUGUCAAGCAAUAUGUCGCAAGCUCAUUUUCUCGUCUUCUGCGUGAUAUCUCAGAUUCCCUCACUCUUAGUGCCGAUACCAAACAAAAAGAGGGAGCAGAAGAGGAUCCAUUGCAUAUUGCCCUGGAGGCCAGCAAAAAUGCAGUGCUUAAGGGAAGCAUGGAUGUCUUAAUGGAAUUUCGCGUACUUCUUGAUGACAGCUUAGGGUUACUUCUUAAAAUGAGAGACUUAAUUAUUGAUUGGGUUCAAGAAGGAUUUCAGGACUUCUUCAGGUCUUUGCAUAAGCGUUUCCUCUUACUUUCAGGGAGAAAUAAAUCAUUUAGUCAAGAUCAAUCUCUGACCGUAGGAAUGCCUGCUGACAAAGUGCCUGCUGGUCUUGUCCUGGUGCUGGCUCAACUUUCUGUUUUUGUUGAACAAACUGCCAUUCCAAGAAUAACUGAGGAAAUAGGUUCUUCUUUUUCUGGUGGUGGUGGUCGAGCUUAUGAAAAUGGGCCGGCUUUUGUUCCUGGUGAAUUUUGUCGAAUCUUUCGGUCAGCUGGUGAAAAAUUUCUUCAUCAUUAUAUGACAAUGAGAACUCAGAGAGUAUCAGUUCUCCUGAGGAAAAGAUUUGAAGCCCCAAACUGGGUCAAGCACAAGGAGCCAAGAGAAGUUCAUAUGUUUGUUGAUUUAUUUCUUCAAGAGUUGGAAUUGAUAGGUACUGAGGUGAAGCAGAUUUUACCUCAAGGAGUUCUUCGCAAGCAUCGCCGCUCAGAAAGUAAUGGAAGCACUGCUUCUUCACGCAGCAAUCCAUUCAGGGAGGAUAGAAUGGGUCGAUCAAGUACACAAAGAGCAAGGAGCCAGCUUUUAGAAACCCACCUAGCAAAAUUGUUCAAGCAAAAAGUGGAGAUUUUCACUAAAACUGAAUUUACACAGGAAUCUGUCGUAACCACUAUAGUAAAACUUUGCCUGAAAAGUUUGCAAGAAUUUGUCCGACUCCAGACCUUCAACAGGAGUGGAUUUCAGCAAAUUCAAUUGGAUAUUCAGUUCUUAAGGACUCCUUCCAAGGAUUUAUGUGAAGAUGAAGCAGCCAUUGAUUUUUUACUGGAUGAGGUGAUCGUGGGUGCUUCGGAACGUUGUCUUGAUCCUAUUCCGCUAGAGCCUCCCAUUUUGGAUAAACUAAUACAAGCAAAGUUGGCCAAAAAGAAAGAACACAAUGCGGUAACUCCAUAAUUAGGGACUGCGAGCCUAUGAGAAAUUUUAAAUGAAUAAUUUACCGGAAGAAUGGCUAAUAUGAGAAAUUUUAAAUGAAUAAUUUACCGGAAGAAUGGCUAACUUUGCAUGGUAAGAUGAUCUAAUUCAAUCCAAAAAGCCUCCGUGUUUUUACCGUGCCCUGAGUUGUGGAAAUAUAAGAGUCGUUAUUUGAAAGCCCGUGGAAUGACUGUCGAUAUACUUCAAUUGCAUGCCUGCACGGAAGAGAGCAUGCACUGAUUUAUUACAUUUUUGCUUUUUACUGUACUAGUUGCUUGUGCAAGUAAAGCUUUGAUGCUUCAAAUAUGGUGAUGUUAUUAUGUAGUAGCUUGUACACUUUUUGUAUAGAUUGGAUAAACAACAUGUAAAAGACAACAGCUUUAGUCAGAUGAUUCAAGUUUUCUUUUUC